AUGGAGUACAAGACGCGUGUACCUGUGUGUGGUGCAAUCCUCCUCUCCGAAGACUGGACAGAAGUACGUACAAUCAUACGCAGCAACUAUGCCUCCCAUGGCUUAGAGCAAUUUGCUAACGACGCACAGUGCGUGUUGGUCAAAGGUUGGGGUAAAGGUGCCUCCUGGACCUUUCCUAAGGGCAAGAUCAACAAGAAUGAAGAUCAACGCGAUUGUGCCCUUCGCGAAGUGCUCGAAGAAACAGGAUUCGAUGCACAUGAUUUGCUUCCCAAGGAUUCCAAAGACUUUUUCGAGCUAACGGAUCGCGAGCAAAAGAGCCGUUUGUACGUGGUGCCAGGUGUGCCGCGAGACACUAAGUUUGAAACUCGGACGCGCCGAGAAAUUUCCCGCAUUGAAUGGUUUAAGCUUGGCGACCUUCCGACUGCGAAAAACCCGAAGGUGCCUUCCUCUGAGUUGGGGGGUAGGUUUUAUCGUGUAACACCUUUCAUGAUGCGCCUCCGCCGUUGGAUUCAAGCGAACAAACGCUCGCAUCCAAAGCGACCCAAUCAACAAUCACCCAUGCCUGGACACAAGGACUCUGGGACUAGCGUAAACAUGGACGAACUUUUUGGCACUGCCACGCCACCACCCAAACCUGCUGGUACACAGAAACCUGGACUUAUUGCCUUGCCACCCUCGGCGAUGCGACAGUUGUCGUCGAACAAAAUGAAGCAGCCGAAAGAUGACGUAUCCGCUCCUCCAACUCGAAGCUCGGCCCCUGAGCUUGCCAAUUCAAAGAGCAGCGACGAUUCCAAGCAGCAAUUGCUCCUUUCUCUUUUGCAUGGCUCACACCCUUUGCCAGCACCUCCUCCUUCCGACCAACAGCCUCGUAUCGAUGGGUCGGCCGCUUUGCGUGCUCUUCUUGGCGCGCAUUCCAAGCGAUAUGAACCGUCAAAUCCCACGCAGAGUCAAACCCAUAACACUAAUUCUCUGUUGUCUCUACUCCAAGCUUCAAAGCCGCCACCCAAAGAACCUGUCGAAGCUCAUCCAAUGCCCUACUUGCGCUCACCAACGUCGACAGGUAUGCAAUCCCUGACCCCCGGCUCGUCUGUGGACAAGCAGUCCAGCAAUGAUCGUGAGCAACAUGUUGCAAACCGCCUCUCAAGCUUGAUUGUUGGACCAAAUGGUUCUAAUGGACCCAGUCAGCCAGAAUCCAAGCCAGACCUACCUAUAGUUACUGGUUCGACACCUACAAGUGUUCCGCCUGCUCAGACGCCUGCGCCUGCAACUACAACUCCUUUCAACCCAGUGUCAAGGCCAGGAAUGUUUCCUUUUCCUCAUACGAUGAUUCAAUCGUCUCCUUCUUCAUGGUCGGGAAAUUCGUAUAUUCCACAGCCGCAAAAUGCACCUGUGCCAACGUCAGGUGCAGUUUCUUCGACUCUAGCAGAUGCAACCACGGCAGCGGGACCUACAGCCCCCGCUGCACCGAGCAAUAGGCAACAGCAAGCUCUUCUAUCAGCCUUGCUAGGAUCCUCCAAACCGCAAGCCACGUCCGCGCAUUCAACGCCAUCAAGUCCCGCUGUUAGAACAUUCUCUUCCCACGCUUCGAAUAUGCCUGCACCAGCAAAUGUUCCUCAGGGGCCGUGCAAUGCUCCAUUACCUGCGCCAGUGACUACGCCUGCUCCUAUUCCGUCUGACUCAGGGAACGCGAUGAAUCUGCUUAACAUCUUGAAUCGACCGCCUACUUCGACGCCAAUGCGUGAUUCUCACGCUCCGGCUUCUGCGGCUGUGCCAACAUCCGGUGCUCAGAACACAUCCAAUUCACUACUAGCCACUUUACUGCAUGGAAAAGGACCCUAA